AUGGAAGUCUGCAAUUGCAUCGAGCCGCAAUGGCCGGCCGAUGAAUUGCUGAUGAAAUACCAAUACAUAUCCGAUUUCUUCAUCGCCAUCGCCUACUUCUCAAUCCCUCUCGAGCUAAUCUACUUCGUCAAGAAAUCCGCCGUCUUCCCCUACCGAUGGGUCCUCGUCCAGUUCGGCGCCUUCAUCGUCCUCUGCGGCGCGACGCACCUCAUCAACCUCUGGACAUUCACCACCCACUCCCGAACCGUCGCGCUCGUCAUGACCACCGCCAAAGUCCUAACCGCGGUGGUCUCCUGCGCCACGGCGCUGAUGCUCGUCCACAUCAUCCCGGACCUGCUCAGCGUCAAGACUCGCGAACUCUUCUUGAAAAACAAAGCCGCAGAGCUCGACCGAGAAAUGGGACUGAUCCGGACUCAGGAGGAGACCGGACGUCACGUGAGAAUGCUGACGCACGAGAUCCGAAGCACGCUCGAUCGCCACACGAUCUUGAAGACGACGCUGGUCGAGCUCGGGAGGACGUUGGCGUUGGAGGAGUGUGCGUUGUGGAUGCCGACUAGGACCGGUUUGGAGCUGCAGCUUUCGUAUACGCUUCGUCAGCAGCAUCCGGUUGAGUAUACGGUUCCGAUUCAGUUGCCGGUGAUUAGUCAAGUGUUUGGUACUAGUAGAGCUGUGAAGAUAUCUCCUAAUUCUCCUGUGGCUAGGUUGAGACCUGUCUCCGGGAAGUAUAUGCUUGGGGAGGUGGUUGCGGUUAGGGUUCCGCUUCUCCACCUUUCGAAUUUCCAGAUUAACGACUGGCCUGAGCUUUCGACGAAAAGAUACGCUUUGAUGGUUCUGAUGCUUCCUUCGGAUAGUGCUAGGCAAUGGCAUGUUCAUGAGUUGGAGCUCGUUGAAGUCGUCGCUGAUCAGGUGGCUGUGGCGCUCUCACAUGCUGCGAUCUUGGAAGAGUCGAUGCGAGCUAGGGACCUUCUCAUGGAGCAGAACGUGGCUCUUGAUCUCGCGAGACGGGAAGCGGAGACAGCGAUCCGUGCACGGAACGAUUUCUUGGCGGUUAUGAACCACGAGAUGCGGACGCCGAUGCACGCGAUCAUCGCGCUCUCUUCUUUACUCCAAGAAACGGAACUAACACCUGAACAGAGAUUGAUGGUGGAGACGAUACUUAAAAGCAGUAACCUUUUAGCGACUCUGAUGAACGAUGUCUUAGAUCUUUCAAGAUUAGAAGACGGAAGUCUUCAACUUGAUCUCGGAACAUUCAAUCUCCAUAGUUUAUUUAGAGAGGUUCUGAAUCUGAUAAAGCCUAUCGCCGUUGUAAAGAAACUACCCAUCACGUUGAAUCUUGCACCGGAUCUGCCGGAGUUUGUCGUUGGAGAUGAGAAACGGCUGAUGCAGAUAAUACUGAAUAUAGUUGGUAAUGCUGUGAAGUUCUCAAAGCAAGGUAGUAUAUCCGUAACAGCUCUUGUAUACAAGUCAGACACUCGAGCUCCUGACUUCUUUGUGGAACCAACUGGGAGUCAUUUCUACUUGAGAGUGAAGGUUAAAGACUUGGGAGCAGGAAUUAAUCCACAAGACAUUCCCAAGCUUUUCACUAAAUUUGCUCAAACACAAUCUUUAGCGACCAGAAGCUCAGGAGGUAGUGGGCUAGGUCUCGCCAUCUCCAAGAGGUUUGUGAAUCUGAUGGAGGGUAACAUUUGGAUUGAGAGCGACGGUCUUGGUAAAGGAUGCACCGCUAUCUUCGACGUUAAACUCGGGAUUUCGAACGAGUCGAAACAGUCGGGCGUACCGAAAGAUCCCGCUAAUAACCGGCAUGCGAAUUUCGAUGGGCUUAAGGUUCUUGUCAUGGAUGAAAAUGGGGUAAGUAGAAUGGUGACGAAGGGGCUUCUUGUACACAUUGGAUGCGAAGUGAGUACGGCGAGUACUAGCGAAGAGUGUCUACGAGCUGUGUCACAUGAGCACAAAGUGGUCUUCAUGGACGUAUGUAUGCCUGGGGUCGAGAACUACCAGAUCGCUCUCCGUAUACACGAGAAAUUCACGAAACAACGACACCAGAGACCGCUGCUCGUGGCACUCACCGGUAACACUGACAAAUCCACAAAGGACAAGUGCAUGAGCUUCGGUCUAGACGGCGUUUUGCUCAAACCUGUGUCUUUAGACAACAUGAGAAACGUUCUCUCUGAUCUUCUUGAACACAGGGUACUCUACGAAGCGAUGUAA